UAUUCCAGUAGUCCCCUCCUUCUCCCUUCCGCUCGUCCCCCUCCUCCCUUCCGUCUCGCACCAGGCGAGGCGAGAGAACUCGUCGUGGAAGCGAAAUAUAGCCGGCUCCGAUCCCAACCCGACCCAUCCCGCCCCCGUCCCGAUUGCUUUGCACCAACGCAGGCGCCGCCCCCGCGCCCCCCUCCACCCGGCGUGCCGUGACAGCGCCGCGCAAGGUUGUUGAGUGAGGAUGGACCUGUCCACGACUUCAGUGCUGGCAGCCAAGGCCUACAAGUACAAAGCAGAAUCACUUGUUAAGGAGUACCUUCUUGCAGAUUCGUAUGUUUCAUACACUGCUGUACUAGGUGGGAUCCUGAUGUGCAAGAUGGCCUAUGACAUCACAAGUUUGAUCAGCUCAUUGUACUACAAGGGCUAUGGUUCACUUACAAAAAUCCAAAAGCUUGAGUGGAACAACAGGGGCAUGUCCACUGUCCACGCGGUUUUCAUCACAGUCACGUCAGUGUACCUGGUAUUCUUCUCCAACCUAUUCUCUGAUCAGCUGGAUGGACCAGUAACUUUUCGGAGUUCAAAUCUAUCCAAUUUUACUCUGGGGGUUUCUGUAGGGUACUUCAUCACUGACCUUGCUAUGAUACUCUGGGCGUAUCCUUCUCUUGGUGGAAUGGAGUAUGUUCUUCAUCAUAUGCUGUCGCUUAUUUCUAUAGUAUAUGCUAUGUAUUCUGGGGAAGGACAGUUGUACACAUACAUGGUUCUCAUCUCUGAAACAACCACACCCGGAAUCAACCUACGAUGGUUUCUUGAUACUGCUGGGUUGAAAAAAUCCAAGGCCUAUCUUGUCAAUGGUGUUGCAAUGUUUGUUGCUUGGCUGGUGGCACGAAUAAUUCUAUUCGUCUACUUGUUUUACCACAUCUACUUCCACUAUGAUCAGGUCAAGCAGAUGCACACCUUUAGCUGCAUUCUGAUAUUUGCUGUGCCCACAAUACUGCUUGUCAUGAACACAAUGUGGUUUGCCAAGAUCUUGAGAGGCCUUAAAAAGACGCUAGCCAAGAGGCAGUGAAGAGAAAAAUGGCAACACAAGCUCACGACAUCGACAGUCAUCCCUUCGUACAGCCACUUUACAGCUACAUGCUCUUCCCAAGUAAAGCCGCCAGUGCAGCUCGUAGCACAUGCCAUUGUACAUGAUUCAGAAAUAGGCUCAACACAGCCUGAAAUUUUCCCUGGAUGCUCUGCCUUGUACAUAUGCAUGUCUGGUUAUGGCCGAGGAUGGUUUUUCUGUGGAUCAGAUGCUUCUACGUCUUUAACAAUUAACAACUUAGGUAGUAGUCUUCAUAUAGACCUAGGAAGGUUGAACUUCCGCGCUUCUGCUUACAGGUUUAAUAUGCAGUUCUUAUCAUUCUGACUUGAGAAUUGUAGCCGGUGCAUUCUCAACCAGUACAAGUAAAGUUUGCUGGCAGUACUUCA